UAGAAUUUGACCGUGACUUUUUAGCAUCGAAAACACUGCUUGAAUUCCUUGGUACCAAUCGUUGUCGCCGAGCCGGGCCAGUGGCACAAAUAUGAUUGGCUCGCGGAUCUAGGAAUCAAAUUCGUAUUACCCGAUCUGGUAUGUGCCGUCCCGAACUCGGAAAGUUUCUGUUGACCAUCUAGAUGAAGUGCUCUGGACUAAAUUAUUGUUUAUUUAUACGACUACCAUGCUCGUUCCUUUCUACUGAACCUUGCUCAACGUUUCUACAAAUUCACCUAUGCACUCGUCGAUACCUCGAGCCAUGAACUUCAGUCAUUCGCAUUUAGAAGCGUGGAACACAGGAUUCGAGGAAUUGUCUGGGGUAUACUCGAACGUCGAGGCGAGUGCUCAUGUUGGUGGCAAUGGCGCUCAUAGUGGCGACCGUCCUGGCGACCUUUCUCACCCACAAUAUCAGUCCCAGCGCCCGCUCCAUACGACUCAGCCUCUCCAGACAUCCGCGUAUCAGUCUUCGUCCCAACCGAACAGCUGGGCGCCUCGUUACGAUUCGUACGACUCCCCUCUGACAACCCAGAAUUAUACGCUUGAUGGUGGUUAUUCUCCAUUCGCUCAUAACGUGCCCAACUACCCUACCCAGCCCGGUGCUUACCCUACACAAUCGUCAUAUCCACCACCACGACUCACGCCCCCCUCACAUCAUGGGAAUCAGACGCAAUCCAAUACCGAUAAUCGUCUUUCAUUUGCAGGGUCCCUCGAUCCCUCGACUGGAAUUUUUUAUCGCACGCCAGAACACCCCCGCUUACGCACCGCACAGGCAUGCGAAAAGUGCCGGACUCGAAAGGCCAAGUGCAGUGGCGAGCAUCCAUCCUGCAAACGAUGUCUUACCAGAGGUCUCAUCUGCCGCUACGCCCCAGAGGGUCGCGUACGCGGUCCUAACAAGCCCAAGAAGCCAGCCGCUUCAUCUGAAGGCGCGUCACCGUCAUCGUCCCAAAAUCAAAACUCCCGACAACGUCGCCCCGAGUCUUCUGGUUCACUGUCGACGUCUCACGCGGCCGCGGAAAAGUCCUCUGGGCAGUCUACCAGCACAAUCACAACAGAACUUCUCCCCGUCACCGUUUCUAAUCCCCCGUACCGCACACGUAACCGUCGGCCGUCUCUAUCCCUAACCACGAACCCUUCAUCAAGGCCACGGCCACCGAACUUGGAGUUGGAUACGAUGUCCAGCCCAGUCGGGAUGCCGACUGAUGGAAAUGAGAUGCCCUUGAGCUCUGUUUCCGCGCCCUCUCAAACGUUUUCUUCUUCUCAACCGAUAGGCGAUUACACUCGUGUGCGACCAAUGUUAUCCCUGUCAGAUGACGAGCGGCCACAGACAAGUUUCAUCCACCCGCGCGGCAUGGCAGGCUUGUCUAGGAACUCGCCCGAUUCAAACCCAACCUCCGCUGUUUCCCUUACGUUCAACAGGAUCGGAACUACACCUCCGCACGCGUAUCAAUCAACCCCUCCUCAUUCUACUAAUUACCAUUACGAUCUUACGCCUCCACCGACGAAUACGCAAACCUACCAUUUCGGUAACACGACUCCACCGCCAUCGCAAGCCUAUAACCAAGCUUCCUAUCAUAUGACUGACGAUGAUCCCAUGAGUUUGACGUAUCCAUCGCAAAUGGGAGUAUAGUCUAGUAUUAGGAUUGAACUUUAUUUUACUUACUUAUCUUCUUGAGCUACUCACGUAUAAUAAGACACGUACUAUCUUCAUAGUCUAUUAAUUCUCUGUCUUUCUGCACACUGCACGCGCGCCUUCCACUCCUUUAACGAUACUAGAAACUUCUCGUUUGUUACCUUGACCUUCAUAGGAAUACUAACGCUAUUGCCAUAGAGCGUCCUACCCUUG